AUGCGCAGACGAAACGACCACCCGUAUGGCAACUAUUUCAGAGGCAGAGGACACACCUAUUUUGCAGCAGAAGAAGCUCUGGGCAUUGGACUUUUCAUUUUGGUGCUGGCAACUUUACUUGCCUUUGGCUGCUGGUAUUACAAAAGACGUAGUGGCUACAAAAGUCUGCGGAGCAAAAGCUCUAGUGUGAGCACAGUACGGAACGUGGUAGGAGAGGGAGCAAUACUGGACUGCAAAAUGACUCUCCAGGAGUACAGAAACUUUAAUUCUGUGGUACCUGAUGCUCCACCAGCUUAUGACAAAAUUGCUGCAGAUCAGUCACCACCACCUUAUUCACCAUGAUAACAUGAAAUUUCAAACUCUUCAUGCUCCCUCUUAAUUUCCUGUACAUGCUUAACUUUCUUACAGCUAAAAUCAUAGAAAAAAAAAAAUC